AUGGACUCCGUUCCAGAUGAGUCCACCAUCAUCAAGGAGACAAAUGAGUUACUUGGUAUAAUGGGUACGAGUGAAUCGCUCGGUAGUGUUCCCACGCAGGAGCAGCCCCUGAUGUCCGCUCCGGCAAUGACUUCUGGCACCCAUCUUCAACCGGACUCUCAGCUUCAACCGAUUACUGGCCAAGAACAACAAGUUACGCCUGAUCUGCACCCGGAAAAAGAAGGAACCACGACGGUGUCGAUUCGGUAUAGAGAUGGAAUUUUGCUAGCGGCGGAUUCAAGGGGCCAAAGACGCGGUGUAACAGUUACGAAUAGACUGGAGAAAAUACACGAAAUUGAGCCUAUGCGCAUGUAUGCAACUGUAUCCGGAUCCGUAGAGAGAUGCAUGAUCUGGAUCGAUAAAUUGAAAGAACUGUGGGACAGUCGAGACGGAGAGAUUCAUAUCUCUCCGGAUGAGGCCACUAUUUGGCUUGCUUAUCGGAUGCGUCAGGUAGGUUUGCCAUCUGAGGGUCGUCUUGCAGGGAGGAUCGCCCGACUGAUAGUCUGUGGUUAUGAAGAGCCAGGUGAUAAUAUUGAUGUUCCCCCGGUAUUUUCUAUGUGUUGGGUGGAUCAUAAUGGAGAAAUGGGCACCGCGGAUGACUUUUUAACAUCGGGAUCGGGCAAAGAUCAUGCAUCAAGGGUUCUCACGAGAGAGUGGCGUGAGGGGAUGACUAGAGAAGAGGUUGCUCGAUUGGCUAGCAAAUCUAUUUGCUUCGCCUCGAAUGUUAACAAUCACACUGGAGGUUCAGUCCAUUAUCGCACAUUCACCACGGAGUAUUUCCGAGUUGAAGGGGAUGGUGUAGAACAUGAAGAAGUUCGACGAGAAUUUGCUCCUAGGAACAUUAGGUCAAUGUUAGAGAAUGAGUAUCGAGACAUUCUUCUUGAGUAUCCUAUCUGA